AUGUCUAUGUCUACCAAUGUCCAUUACCAAGUCAAUGAUGGCCGUGCAGUAUCUAGAGUCGAACUUUCGAAAGGAAAUGGCCUUAUCGACUUACGCGAUUCAAUCAAGGAAAAAGAAUUACUUAACGUGGCUAGCAGUACCCUGAAGCUUUUCGUAACGCCUGGAAAUACGGGUCGUUUUGAACUUGAUGGACCUCUGUUUCAAAAGUACAAUAAGAAAUUUGAAGACUUAAUACAGAAUGUUCCCAUUAACAAAGAUAAUCCAAUUAUAGUGGAGCUUCCUGAGGGUGAACCUUCAACCAAAAGGCAAAAAAGAGCUCUUUCUGAAAUUCUCAGUGAAUUGGGUUUUGAACAUGUAUAUACUCGAAAUCGCAUUGAUUUGAAUAAGCUGAGCUGUGAAGAGCUUGUGCGUUUCAUCACGAAACUUGGUCAACCACUGAUGGAUCAGGACUUGUUUGGUGUGGUGUUUGAUACUGCUUCUUCAAUCAAGGACAAAAAGGUUCCAGUGCCCAAAAGCAAUGGCAUCAUCACGUCAAAUGAACCUUUAUCUCUACCAGUAGUUUACAUGCAUCAACUCUUUGUAAGGCCUGAUUAUGUAAAUCUCUACAACAUCAUCGUCAAGAAAGGUGGUCGCAUACACCUCACAGGCACAUCCGGCAUUGGAAAAUCCUGCUUUCUUGUGUACUUUGUUAUCCGCCUGUUGAGUGAGAGCAGAGAUGAAGCCCCAAAUGUCAUCGUCUUCCAAACCAAAGAUCCUCUGCAGAAAUGGUACUGCUUCAUGGGGACAAGUGCUUUGCGUUGUGGAAGUUACCAGGAUUUUUAUUCUGUUUUGACCUUUAAAAAUGCAUGGUAUUUAGCUGAUGACAUCGUGGAUCCCCGUGUCCUCAAUGUAAAUACUCUCGUCACUCUUUCACUGAACAGUCUCUAUGAGUAUGGCAAUAAACAGUUCCAAGAGUAUGCCAAAAACUGUAUGACAUAUUAUAUGCCUCCCUGGAGUAUUAAUGAACUGACAUCCUGCCAGCAACAGAUCUUCCCAAAUUUACCCCCUGCUUUGAUGAGCAAACUUUUCCUUAAGGCCGGAGGUAUCCCAAGAUACAUACUGCAGCAGGGGCAAAUUCAAUGGGAUGAUCCUGCCAACAACCAAAACUAUGAUCUUGUUGAAAAAAAGGCUUUGCGACGUUUCUUUCUGGCUUUUACAGAACUUGGUAAUACGGUCAAGCUUUUGGAAUGCUUUCGUGAUGGAGGUCAUUACAUGAAAUACAGUAGCCGUUUGAUCCAUACUUGGAAUAGUGAUGAUUCGUACACGGACUGUUACUUUAAGUUUGCUUCACGUUAUGUCUUCGACAAAAUCCAGGAUUGCUUCACAGAAGAAACUGCACGAUAUAUGUUACGGCAAUUAGCUGAUCAUACUUUCUAUGGUACCAACUACAGAGGGAAAAUGUUCGAGCUAUAUGUUCUCUAUCUAUGGCGAUCAGGUGGCAGUCGAUACACAACUAAAAAACUUGGGGUCGCGAAUAGUUCAUCGGGAGAGCUCUGUACACAGAGAAACCCCAGCAUUCACCGAGUUCAAAAUGUAGAUACCUUCAAAAUACCUGACAGAUCGAAGAAUGAGCUCUUUAUACCGCUCCACUGCAAUUUCCCAACUGCUGAUUUUAUUGUGUCACCCGACAAAAUCUUCCAGAUUACAAUUACUACAGAUCAUGGUGUUAACAUGAAUGGAUUGGUGAAAAUCAUGAACGAAAUGCGUAGAGCAAAUCCCGGGACAGAUAAAAUCAAAAUUUUUUUCGUCGUCCCAGAGGAUAUUUACAAUAACUUUAAAUUUCAAAACUACAUGACAGCUAAAAAUCAGAAGGCUCAACACCUGGCUUAUGAAACAAAAUACGUUGAACAAUGGGCAUUGAAAAUUGACAUUGCAUCUGCGCAACGUCUAUAG